CAUUUACAGUGGGGGCCACUAGGAAAACCUGGGACGCAGAGGAAAAGUUCAAGUGCAGAGCUUUGACCAUUGUCGUCAUCCCGCGCGAAUCUUCAAAGCGAGACCUCGAACAGAGUAGAUUGUGUUUCUGCCAUUGGCUUUGUUUGGUAUUUCGCCUCGAUGGCGGGUAUUUCUCUAAAGAUGUCCUGCUACUUAUAGAUCCAGCCUCUCCCUCAUGUAUUCGAUUCGGGCUUUCCGGCAUGGGCUCCGAAGGGCCUCCACCUCCAGCUCCAGCGAGCUUGGACGUGGAAUUCGUGGAAUCGUCACAGACGCCGAUGUCGAACAGGCCAGGAAAUAUUGCCUGAACCAGAUACAGAAAGGCGACUACGAGGCCUACCUCAUUCGCCAAUUCGUGCCCAGAUCCGCGCGCGAUGCCUACGAUGCGCUCCGAACCCUCAACCUCGAGCUGGCAAGGCUACCAGAGACGGUCUCGAACCCGACCAUCGGCCAAUUCCGCAUGCAGUUCUGGCGGGACACGGUCAACAAAGUCUUCGCCGGCAGCCCUCCCCGGGAGCCGAUUUCCAUCAUGCUGCACAAGGCGAUAACAGAUCUCGGGUCGCGAUCCGACGGCAGCAGUGUCAAGUCGCUAAAGUUUUGGCUCCUGCGGUUCAUCAACACCCGGGAACAGUAUAUGGAUAACCGGCCCUUUGCGAACCUGGCCGCGUUGGAGGAGUACGCCGAGAACACAUACUCGACGCUGAUGUACAUGGCACUGGCCUCCAUGCCGGUCCGCUCCGUGCACGUGGACCACCUGGCAAGCCACAUCGGCAAGGCCCAGGGCAUCGCCGCCACGCUGCGAGGCAUCCCCGUCCUUGCCGCGCCGUCGCAGCGCGUGCGCUCUCCCUCGGGCGCGGACGUGGGCAGCAACAGGACUCCAGCCCUCCUGCUCCCUCUGGACGUGAUGGCCGAGGUCGGGCUGAGGGAGGAGGACGUGUUCCGCAAGGGCCCCCACGCCGAGGGUCUCCAAGACGCCGUCUUCAAGGUCGCCACCCGGGCCAACGACCACAUCAUUACGGCGCGCGAGAUGUUGAAGAACAUGCAGGCGGGGAUGAGUCCCGGGCACGACUAUGAACACGAGGGGGAGACGGAGCACGUCUACUCCCACACGGCGAACCGCGAUGAGCGCGCCGCGGCGGAUGUUCGCCGGACAUUCGGCAUACUGCUGGAGGCUGUGCCGACCUCUGAAUACUUGGCGAGGCUGGAGGCCGCCGAUUUCGAUACUUUCCAGGUCAAAAGUAGCUGGAAGCUGCCGUGGAAGAUAUGGCAGGCCCUCAAGAAGGAGCGUGUAUGAGCACGUAUGGGCACUAAAUCCUUGAAGUUCCCGGCACCGUAUUGAUGGGUGCUGGUGCGGAGAAGUUUUGCAAGGAUACAUAGAUCCGACUGAUGUAUUACCCAUAUGUAUUAUAUCCUUGUUUAUCCAGGCCUCUCCACCGCGCGAUGCCUCUAUCCCUAGCCUUCCCAUCCUCUAUUUUGGAGUGGUAUGUCUGACUUCUAUUUAACAACCUAGAUGGUGUAUAUAGUCGGUCUAUCAAAUAUGCAAAACCCAUUAAAUUAGCCUUCCGCCUUGCCCCAACAAGAUGCAAAACUACUAAGAUCAUAUCUCGUCAAAUCAUCAAGUCCUUCUCUGUGUCUGUGUCCGCGCGCGCAUCAUCGACUCUCCUCCUCGCUCUGGACCCUCUCCCUCUCCUCGAACAACAGCUCGCUCUUAGCCGAGCCGAUCCUGAUGAAGAAGAACAGGACCAGCACCACGGCGGCGACGGCGGUGCCGAACCAGAAGGCAACC